CAGGCCAAAAUAGCAAAUGUUGCCUGUCAUGCCAACCGAGCAGACAAUUGUCUGAUUGUUCCGGCUGAACUGUGCUCACUCAAUCCACAGAAUUGCUGGUCGGUUGACGGCGUCAGUGGACGCGACAACGACACCUUUGGUCAAAGCAGUCCGGAUGGCGGCCAAAUCGGACGGCAUACGAGGCUGGUGGUGGCCUCUUUCCUCUCGGCUCGUCAGUCCCAUCAGACUCCUGUCCGACGCCCAACUUCCCGACUGAUCACAGCAAGAGUCCCGCCUCAAUUUGGAAAAAGUCUCGAUCUCUGUCGAUUUGACUUCGGUAGGACAGCAACAACAAGCCGGCGACAUGAAACUGCCGGUUGGCGUUUUUGUAAAUCCUCAAUUGGGGAAUUUGACACUUCUUGA